AUGGCUCCGUUCUGUGUGUUUGCGCUGCUGCUCGACCUCUCCGCGGCCUCCGCCCUCAAUUUCUCUACCAUCAACGUGUGGAAUGACGAAAACAAGUUUGGAGACUUCUACAAGACCAGCAAAGUGGAGCCAAAGUACAUUGCCCUGUACAAAGAAAAACUCUUCCUCAGCCUUUAUAAACAUGAGCCGAACAUAAGCUCUACUCUCGCGUGGCUGGAUAUCAACGCAACAGCAAAGCCGCCACAACUAAAACCGUUCCCGUCGCCAGUACAGAGUGCAAGCGAUUGUAGCGCCGUGCAGAGUGCGAGAGGAAUUGCAGUCGACUCAUCUGGUCGCCUUUGGGCUCUCGACAAUGGCGAAACAACCUGCCCUCCCAAACUUUCAAUCUUCAACCUGAACAGCAACAAUAAAAUCGUGCAUGUUCAUAACUUUGCGGAUCCGGUCGUCAAUCAUACCUCCGGCGGAAGGUGGCUUCUCGACUUGGUUCUUGAUCAAUCAAAUGAUGACUGUUUGAUGAAAAAUCAAUCAUGGAGAGUAGAAAUCGGGAGUAAAUUAGUUUCAGCACUUGCACUUUCUCCGAUGGGAAUGAGAGAAUUCCUCUAUAUCAUGGAGUACGGCUUCAAGGAAAUAUUCUCUUUGUCAGUGUCUGAUCUUCGAUCAGAAAAGGAGAAAGUGACGCUCACAUCGAUAGGAAACAUGUCCGCUACAUGCGAAAAGAUGGCCAUGGACGAGCAAGGCAUUUUCUAUUUCAACAUUCCAAGCAAUCAUUCUGUGGCCAAGUGGAACACAAAAUCAUCCUUUAAAGAGGAACAGGUCUAUUCGGUAAUGGGUGUAGAAAAUAAAAGCACCCCCUGUGCCAGUGCCAAUCGAUUGCUGAGGGUUGAAAUAGGUUAG